CUUGUCGUUGUCUUGUUGAGCUUUCGCGAUUCUUCAGGCUUCGACAUUUGUACACUUCUCCAUUUUCGUUUUCGCCUGCUGACCCGUACCUCUCUUCUUAAUAUACAUAUUUUAAUCGAAUAUACAUCACUAGAUUCGAACCACCAAUAAUUGUCAGACCGUCAAAUAUGGCUGAACAACAAGUGCAGUUGACAGACCUCAAUGCUGUCCAGCUUCAAGAAGUAAAGAAACAGCUCGAUCAGGAACUUGAUCAUCUCACCACCUCCUACUCCCAAUUAAAGCAAGCACAAACAAAGUUCAAAUCAUGUAUCGCCAAUGUCAAUGAGCUUUCACCGACCUCUAAAGGGAAAGAAGUUUUAAUUCCUCUCACGAGCAGUUUAUACGUUCCAGGAAAAUUGACAGAUGUUGAGAACGUCGUGAUUGACGUUGGUACCGGUUACUACAUAAAAAAGACUAAAGCAGAAGCUACAAAGCAUUAUACUUCCAAGUCCGAAUUCGUCCAGACCAAUCUCGACACUUUACAACAAAGCAUCGAAACAAAGCAAAAUAACGUGCAAAGCGUGCAGCAGGUGCUCGCUAUGAAGAUGCAACAGGCGCAGGCUGCUGCCGCUGGUGGACAAAAGGCUUAGAGGAUCUCAAUUAUUUAGGAUCCCUAGCGUAGCAUAGCAAAAUCAUGCAUGUACAUUAGAUGUCUGCU